AUGAUCGAACGUGUCGGUCGUCUCUACAGUCGAUCACUCUAUCGUCAUCCGGUCCUUUUUCUAAUCGUUCCAUUACUGAUAACUACUGUAAUCCCUUUCGGACUAUUAUGGUUGUUCCCAAUUCGCUUAUCCCAAAAUGCAGAGAUAGGAUUCGACACAAAGGAUACAGUUCUUUCGGGUCCCCGACUAGCAUGGGCUCGUAUUCAACCAAGUCUUAUGUUCAGUAAUCGAAUUGCAUUUUCAAAUCCCCGCCCAAUUGACACAGAUGUUCAACAACCAUCGGUUCAACCUGUGAACAAAAGAGUUCGGAGAAGUUGGGCUGAUAAUUUAUUAUCUGCAAUCAAUCAGGUUGCAUGCUAUGAUUCUCCGAUACCACUAAUGGAUCAUCUAUCUCAAAUUGUUCUGGAAGUACCCAAUUACGAUGCAAUUUUCGAUUUGAAAUUUCUGAAUAAACUAUGUCAAAUGCAAUCGAACAUCUCGAAGCCUCUUUCGAGAUUUGAUGCUUUCACUCCGUAUCGAAAUAUCUGGAGUGUUGCGAAUAUGUUUGCUUGUAUUUCACCAAAUUUAAGAGUUAAUUGUACUCAACUAGAUGAGUCCGACUUAAAAAUAGUUCGAAAAACUAUCGAUAACUGCUGGAAAUACCGUACCCCCAUCUUCGAGUGCCGCAAUGAAAAAUGUCAGGGACAAUGUUCCACGUGUCGAGAAGUACCAGAAGAGUGUUCAUCUCAAAUAAUGCAUGAUUUAUUCUACCGACUGCUUCCAAAAAAUCGAGACGAAACUCCAUUUCUCGUCAAUACAUUCCUUCCAGUUUUCACAUUAACCGGAUAUAUUACACAGAAUAUUCCAGUUGAUGUGAUUUUGUAUGAUGCUUUGGAACUUUCGGUUAUUGAUUAUUCGAAAAAGAGUGGCUUUGAGUUGAAAGGUCUCCUAAUGGAUGUGAAACGAGAUCGUCUACUUGCUGCAGCUCUUCGUGAUUCAAUUCUUGCUCUUCUGGCCGCUGGAUUAGUCAUGAUUGUUGUUGCAGUUCAUUCUCAAUCACUUCUUUAUGCUUUUGUGGUGAUUCUUCUCUUAGCAUUAUCAGUUGUUGGAGCUCUUGGAGUAUACAGUCUCUUCACUGACGAAUUUCCUCUUCUAAAUCUUGUUACUUUUGUUCUUUUGAUUGCAAUUGGAUCUGAUGAUGCCUUCCUGCUCAAAUCAAACUUUCCGAACCAUUUGAAUGAGGAAACAUUUCAUUCGUUUUUGACUCACACUUCCUUCACAAUAUGCUUCGGUCUAUUUGCUGGUGUUACAGUAAUCUUCAAUUAUUUCAUGGUUGUUUCGUUUCUGCCAGCUUUUCUCUUGAUUCAACAUAGACAUUUGGACUGUUUUACUGGAUUCAAAUUCCCGUAUCGAUCAGUUUUCUCUCAUUUACUAUACGUUCUAUUGCCACAUGUUUUGGUUCAGGGUCGCUAUGUCCUAAUGGCUCUUCUUUCGAUCGUGGCGAUCGGAGGUGCGGCAAUCACUUAUCAAGGUCUUCAUCUACCAGAAUACAAUCCUCUCCAACUUUUCACUUCUGACAAUUUGCACGAAUGGUACGAUAACAACGCAGAAAGGAAUUUCGAAUUCGUGUCUGCCAAAAUAGCCCUUCCUCUAACCUCUCGUUUGGUCUGGGGAGUUGAACCUGUCUAUUCUCUAUCAACAUUCCGUGCAAAUGCGACGUCACCAUUAAAAUCAGAUCCGUUUUUCUCACUGAAAACGGCAAGAGAUGUCCAUAAAAUCGCGAGAUCGUUGGAAAAAGCCAGACAAUUACCAUUUGUGAAUCAUCAAGCGAAAUUCUGGCCGGAGCGAUUCUUGGAUUGGUCUGAUAAGUAUCCAUGUGCAAGAGGAUUCCUUUGCUGCAACAUGUCGAAUCCAUUAUUCUCUGAUUCAUACUUGGAUUUCUGUCUUCGUAAUUCCACAUCAUUCCUCGCCACGUCAUACAACGACACUCCGAUUUUCGAUAAUCAGACAUUUGCAUUCGUUGGAUACACUGCAAUGCUUCCAACCACUUUGAAAUACAACCAUCGAUUCUCAAAACUGACAAAAUCAUUCGAAAUGUUAGAAAUGACGAAACCAGAUGGUGGAUGGUGGGCACCUGAGUGGUGGCUGAUGAGUACUUGGUUCGAUUUGCUCAGUUCAAUAGUACAGGAUUGUUUGAGUUCUGUUGUCGGAUCACUCAUUUUUGUCGCCAUUUUUGCAUUUAUUCAGUUGAAAUUUCAGGCAAUCGCAGCAGUUGUAACCAUAGCAGGUGUCAUAUUCACGUCAUCUGCAAUUGUAACUCUACUCGGAUGGGUUCUUGGUGUACUUGAAGCUGUAAUUCUUGUUCUUGUUGUUGGUCUUUCAUUCGAUUACACUCUUCAUUACGGAGCAGCUCUUCCUGAUCAUGGAUGUGCAGAACAUCGUAUUAGAGAGGCCACUUCAAAGGGUGUUGGUCCUGUUACACUUGCUGCAUUCACUUCUUUUUUAGCUGGAGCUUCGAUGUUACCUGCACUGACUCAUGCUUUUUAUCAGGUCGGAGUUUUCCUUGUUGUAAUCUCAUGGACAUCCUGGACAUUUUCCACAUUUUUCUAUCUUCCAAUGCUCUCCUUAACUCUUCCACGUCAAUCUGGCAUCUGUCCUUAUUGUGAAAAAACCAAUCUAAUGCAUUUAUCCCCUCGUCGAUAG